GGCCUUGUCUGCCGUACGUAAAUGGCGAGUGCUCAUCUGUUUGUGAUAUUUCCAGCCUCAGCGAAAGCGGGAUCGAAAGUCCAAUUUUGUGUGUGAGAGAGUGUCCCGCUGAGCACGUGUUUCCUAGUGACGUUGCUCCAGCUGGGACUGCUGCUCGAGAGGAUGGAAAAGCUGACGCGUCAGAGCACUACUAACUCUAUACCUUGGACACUAUGGCACCGCAACAAGUCAAACCCGUUGGAGGAUUCAGCUUUGAAAAUUAUACGAGAAAUGCCGUUUUGGAGACCAAGGGAGCUAAACCACCCAAGGCUACAAGCACAGGCACAACCAUUGUUGGAGUCAUAUACGAUAAAGGUGUCUGUUUAGGCGCUGAUACUCGAGCAACUGAAGGUCCAAUUGUAGCUGACAAGAAUUGUGAAAAGAUCCAUUACCUCGCCCCAAAUCUUUACUGUUGUGGUGCUGGUACAGCUGCCGAUACUGAAUUUACAACCAACUCGAUCAGCUCUCAACUCGAACUUCACAGACUCUCUACUGGAAGAAAGACACGAGUAGUUACAGCCAUGACCUUGUUGAAACAGAUGCUUUUCCGGUACCAGGGACACAUCGGAGCAGCUCUCGUUUUGGGUGGAUACGACAUUAACGGACCUCAACUUUACACUAUAUAUCCUCACGGUAGCACUGAUAAGUUACCAUAUGUUACUAUGGGCUCUGGCUCAUUGGCAGCUAUGAGUGUAUUUGAAAGCAAAUGGAGACCUAACCUCACGCGGGAGGAAGCAAUUGCUAUUGUGAGCGAAGCAAUUGAGGCUGGUAUUUUCAACGAUUUGGGCUCAGGUUCCAAUGUCGACGUCUGUGUCAUUGAGGAGAACAGCACCGAUUAUCUCAGAAACCAUGUCAGACCAAAUGAACGUGGAAUCAAGGAACAGAGCUACAGAUAUCCAAGAGGCACAACGGCAAUCUUGAAGGAAUCCAUAAGAAAUUUUGUGGACGUUGUAGAAGGAGAUGCGAUGGACAUGUCUUGAAUAAACCAGUUGUGUUAUUAAACCGUAAUAAGGUCCGACAUGUAUAACGGGUU